AUGAAACAAGACAGAAACACAAAAACAAAUAUUGAAUACGACAGCGUUUCUGAAGAGAGUCCACAUGAUAUGGAGAUCAACGAAAAUGCAGAAAAUCACGAUCAUGAUGCCCCAAUCACAACCUCAGAAGACAAUCAACUUCAAAGUUCUCUGUCAAUCUUGCCGCAAAAUACAACUCAAGUGAACCAAUCACAAAGACGUAAGCGUCGCCAAAACCAAGUGUCGUUUGCACAAUCUUCGGCUUCCGCUUCACAAACUUUAAUGGAAAACAUUAUUAAAAAUAAACAAAAUGCAGAAAACAUUCAUCCAAUAGACGCUUUUUUCAAGGGUUUGGCACCUAAAAUAAAA